AUGUCUCUUGCAAACGAACCAUUUCCUGAAUCGCCAGCUCAGAUGAGUCUGAAGCACUGCAUGCCGAGUCUUCCAGAUUUGCUAAGCAACCGCUUCAUUCCCAUUCAGGACGCCGUCCUAUCCGCGUUGUCGCCGCAGGACCUUGCUCGGCUGAGUGGAGUCUGUAGAGAUCUCCACAGCGUGGUUCAAGGGGCCCGAAACUGGGAUAGCUGGCUCCAGACUUGGUUCAGCAACCCUAAAGACUUCAGGAGUCUCCAAGGCAAACUCAACGCUAUUAUUACUGGGAAUCCGCUAAUCGACUUUAUUGCGAGGACUCAGCACUUCAUUAAUAGUGAUCCUACCCUCAAUGUCAUUAUUCCGGGGCCGGACCGGAAAGCAAUGAUGCGGUACUUGAUCUCUGACGGAUACGAGGCUCCUUGCGAGAAGGCCCCAUCGGGUUGCGAUGAUUUCGCUUUCGACGAGUGCAUUCGGCUCGUCCAUCCGACUCGAACGGUCAAUGGAGCAAACAAGGCGUCCAUUCUAGUCGUCCGAGCCGAGCCCUACCAUUCUCCCAUACACCUGCCCUUGGACAAGAGUUGUGGAACAACGAUCCAGCAAAACUACGCCACAUGGAAUAAGGUGUACUCGCUAUUUCCUUCCUCCACAUUCAUCGACAAGGAAGGGUACUUGAUGGUCGAAUUAUCGGAGCGAGUAGGGCCAACACUUUACCAGCUUUCGAAGGGAGGGUACAAGGCAAAGGAUAUACACUGGUUCGAGAAGAACUAUAAGGCCCCCGGAAUGACGAGCGAAAUGCUUACGCGCUCUCGCCGCAUUGGUGACCAGCAUACGUUGGUCAUCCGCCUCUCGACUGCGGAUGUCUCGAAGCCGGCAGUUCCCGACGGUGCACUCGAAUCCACCACCUUCUACCUAUUCAAGGAGGUCAGAAACGGGAUUUCCUUCUACGACGUCAACUGCAACAUAAAAAUUUGUCACCCAGUGCUCCGUUAUGUCUACGAACUACUCUAUGACGAGACGGAUAAUGAGUACAAUAAAUCCAUCAGGCAUCUGCAGGUCCGCCUGGAUAAUCUCGCUCGUAUGGAGCUGUACAAAAUCCCGGUGGAGCAACGACCAGCGGGAUACCAGAGCCUUGUACUCAAUCGGAACGUAAGCUGUACUGAGUGGCACUUCAAUAAGCCUGAUUCAUGGACUUACUAUGAUGACGAUGUGAUCGAGUACUUGGCCAAGAUUUGGCGUGACAGGGAGCAGAAGGAGCUGGAAAUGAAGGAGUUGGAAGCUACACAAAAAGGGGCGAAGAAGCGGUUAUUGCAUCGCUAG